GUGUUGUAUUUGUAAAUAAUUAAUAAACGUUUAGUUGUGUUGAAUGUAUUGAUUGUAUUGACUGCUAUCACAAACUAACAAAAACAUGAUUGAAAUCACAUGUAAUGAUCGUUUGGGCAAAAAAGUGCGGAUUAAAUGCAAUGCAGAUGACACGAUCGGCGAUCUCAAGAAGUUAAUCGCCGCCCAAACCGGCACUCAUUGGGAGAAAAUAGUGCUCAAGAAGUGGUACACUAUAUAUAAAGAUCACAUCACUCUCGAAGACUAUGAGAUUCACGACGGCAUGAAUCUUGAGUUGUAUUACCAGUAAUUGUUUGAAACAAAAACCCAUUAAUAAAUUCAUUUAUUCAUUAUUUCAUAACAAA